CUCCUCUCCUAUAUAAUCUCUUUCCACCUACUGCCGAAUUAAAACCCUCCAUGGCUAUUAAGCGUCUAUCUGAAAAUCCGCCACCUGCUGCUUCCUCUUCGGAAGAAGAGGAGGAGGAAGAAAACGACUCUGUGGAGAAAAACGACAGUGAGGAUGAGCAAAAGGACGUCGGUGAUGGAGACGACGAUGAGGAGGAGCAGCAGGAGUCGCCUGUGCUUAACAAGUCCACUGUCCAUGGAUCUCCUCUAAAAUACAAUUCGGCUUCUGAGUCAGACUCUGAGUCGACUCAACCAUCCCCUUCCCCUUCCGCCUUCACAAUCAAGCUUCAUAAACCCUCUUCCAAGCCUAACAAAUCAGUAUCAAAGCGACCCGCUGAAUCCGACUGUAUCGCCGGGGAAACACCCAGAAAGAAAAAGAAUAAAGCCAUCGGCGGUGGCGAUGAUGAAGAGGUGAAGAAGGGGUCUGCGAUCCAGCGGCUGUGGAGCGAGGACGAUGAGAUAGCUAUCCUAAAUGGUUUGAGUCAGUACAAGUCCGAGAAAGGCUCCAAUCCUUACGCCGACAUGGGCGAUUUCCAUGAAUUCAUUAAGAAAUCUCUACAUGUUGAUGUGUCGAAGAAUCAACUCAUGGACAAAAUCAGAAGGCUGAAGAAAAAAUACCGAGAUAACAUCGAAAAAGCUGAAAAUGGUAGAGACCCUGUUUUUUCUAAACCCCAUGAUUUGAAAUCUUUUGAGCUCUCGAAAAAGUUCUGGGAUGGUGAUAAAAAUUAUGAAAAAAAUGGUACUGUAAAUCGGAGUGGCAAGGUCAAUAGCAGCAACGACGGUGGUGGUAGUGGUGGUGGUGACGGUGGCGUUAGGAUUACCUUGGCGCUGGCAUGUCAAAAGAAGGGGAAUGAAUUGAAAGCCAGAAAGCAAAUGCAGACUUCUAACAAGCAAGUGAAAAUUGAAGAGAAUCAUCAAGUUAAGGCUGAAGAAAUGAUGCAAGAGAAGGGUGAGGAUGUGGAGGAGGAAUUGUGGGAAAAAUAUCCAUAUUUGAGCGAGUCGCUAGAGAUGGGAGGCUUAUCUGAGGGGGCGAAGGUGAUUCUGAGGCAGCAGUUGGGGAUAAUUGAGAAAGGGAAGUUGAAGGAGUUGGAUGAGAAAAGGAAGAGGUUGAAACAAGCUGAACUGGAGUUGUUUGUGCAGAGGAUGGAGUUAGCUCAUGAACAAGUUAAGUUGACUCUUGAUUCAAUCAAGUCUGAAGAGUCUUAGCCAUCUGAGCUCUGGUAUGUAGCCUAGUUUUACUGGGAUUGUUAAAUUAAGUGUCAGAUAUCUAAAUUUUUUGCACAAGAAUUUUGAUAAAGUAUUGGCAAAGAUAGAAGGCAAUUAAUUCAUGUUUUGUUGGUUUUCUU